GGUGGGAGUUCCAGUGUUCUAUAGAUAUAAGCUGUACGUUUACUGAAAAUUAAUUCCACACAUUUCAGACGAGUAGAACGUGAAUUUCAGUAUUAUAGUUGUAAUACCGUAGUUUUAAGUUGAGAUGGGUAAGGUAGCGGCCAUCGGCAUCGACUUGGGCACCACCUACUCCUGCGUGGGUGUGUGGCAACACGGCAAGGUGGAGAUCAUCGCCAACGACCAGGGCAACAGGACAACCCCCAGCUAUGUGGCGUUUACGGAUACGGAGAGGCUUAUCGGGGAUGCCGCCAAGAGCCAGGUGGCGAUGAACCCCAAGAAUACCGUCUUCGAUGCCAAAAGACUGAUCGGCCGUCGCUUCGACGACACUAAAAUCCAAGAAGACAUGAAGCACUGGACCUUCCAAGUGGUCAACGACGGCGGUAAGCCAAAAAUCCAGGUGGAGUACAAGGGGGAGAUAAAAAAGUUCGCCCCUGAGGAAAUCAGCUCCAUGGUGCUGUCGAAGAUGAAGGAAAUAGCGGAGACUUACCUUGGAGGCAAGGUGACUGAUGCCGUGAUCACAGUUCCAGCUUACUUCAACGACUCCCAAAGGCAAGCGACCAAAGACGCUGGUGCUAUCGCAGGAUUGAACGUUUUGAGGAUUAUCAACGAACCAACAGCGGCUGCUUUGGCUUAUGGGUUGGAUAAGAAUCUCAAAGGGGAGAAAAACGUGCUUAUCUUCGAUCUUGGUGGUGGAACUUUCGAUGUGUCUAUCCUUGCUAUCGACGAGGGGUCGCUGUUUGAAGUCAAAUCGACUGCUGGUGACACACAUUUGGGUGGUGAGGAUUUCGACAACCGCCUGGUGAACCACUUCGUGGAAGAGUUCAAGAGGAAGUUCAAGAAAGACCUUAGCAACAACACAAGGGCUCUGCGUAGGUUGAGGACGGCUUGCGAGAGAGCGAAACGUACUUUAUCAUCCAGCACCGAAGCGAGUCUAGAGAUAGACGCCUUACACGACGGCGUUGACUUCUACUCGAAGGUGACGAGGGCCAGGUUCGAGGAACUUUGCAUGGACAUGUUCAGAUCCACUUUACAACCAGUAGAGAAAGCCUUGGCUGACGCUAAGUUGGACAAGGGCGCCAUUCACGACGUUGUCCUUGUCGGUGGUUCCACAAGGAUUCCAAAAAUUCAAAAAAUGCUCCAAGACUUCUUCUGUGGAAAGCCUCUUAACUUGUCCAUCAACCCAGACGAAGCCGUCGCCUACGGCGCGGCUGUCCAAGCUGCCAUUCUAAGCGGGGACACCAGUUCUCAAAUUCAAGACGUCCUCUUAGUCGACGUGGCACCUCUUUCUCUUGGCAUUGAGACAGCUGGUGGUGUCAUGACGAAGAUAGUGGAAAGGAACUCUAGGAUACCCUGCAAACAGCAACAAACCUUCACCACCUACGCUGACAACCAAAGCGCAGUUACUAUUCAAGUGUUCGAAGGUGAAAGAGCGAUGACCAAGGACAAUAACCUAUUGGGCACUUUCAAUCUCAAUGGCAUACCUCCCGCACCUAGAGGCGUUCCCAAGAUUGAAGUUACGUUCGAUCUGGACGCCAACGGCAUCCUUAAUGUUUCUGCUAAAGACUCCAGCACGGGCAAAUCUGAGAAAAUCACCAUAACCAAUGAUAAGGGCAGGUUGUCCAAAGCCGACAUCGAUCGCAUGUUAGCGGAAGCUGAGAAAUAUGCUGCUGAAGACGACAAGCAGAGACAGAGGAUCCUGGCUAGGAACCAGUUGGAAGGAUACAUUUUCAACGCUAAACAGGCCGUUGAAGAUGCUCCCGCGGAAAAACUGACCGAAGACGACAAGAAGGUGGUGCAAGACAAGUGCUCUGCUGCCUUGUCUUGGUUAGAUGCGAACCAGCUGGCGGAGAAAGAUGAGUUUGAGGACAAACUGAAAGAAUUACAGCAAGAAUGCCAACCCAUCAUGAUGAAACUGCAUCAGGGAGCUCAAGGUGCUAAGGGACCAACAGUUGAAGAAGUAGAUUAGAUUAGGUACAGAACCAAGGUUAGACGAAUAUACUUUUGUUUUAAUUUUUUGGUAGGGGAAACAUGUUGGAUACAUUCUUGAAACUUUCUUACUAUAAAAGAAUUGUUAUUUAUUUAUUUAUUGCACAAUAAAGGUGUACAUUUGCAAA